AUGCCAGACUUCUUUCUCGAUUCUCCCGUCCCUCCCAAGCUCGAUCUGGCCGCCGCUCCUUCUCAGUUGUUUCAAGUCCCUCAAACUCCGUCAGCCUCGUCCUCGCUCUAUCGCUCCAUCUCCCUCCCCAGCCGCAAGCGAUCUCGCUUUGAAUCCGGGGAGAGGCGUCCUUUCUAUGACUCCCCCGUCGAUCUCAACAGCCCCGCUCCUUUGGUCAACACCGACUAUCAUCUCGCCGGCGGGGAAGAAUACAACUAUCAGCAACAGCCGUAUUACCAUCAACAGUUCUCCCGCGGACCUUGGCUUGUACGCCGUGAGAAUCCUGCAGAGGUCGACUACCGUCCCAGUCGCUAUCGAGAUCAUCCUCUUCCGGCUCCUCUCGAUGUCAGUAUCGAGUCCUUGACCCCCAGUGAGGCCUGUGGGCCCAGUCGCAAACGCAACCGUCGGGAUUCGAAUUUGCCAUCCAGCCCCAAGCAAUCUGCCCAUGAUGAGAAGAACAGCAGUCCCUCGCAAUCUGGGUCUGAGCCCGUCAGCUGGAGCCGGGCAGUCUUCAAUGUCGUUGGCAAAGUGUGGGAAUUCUGCUGGUCAGGUGCUUUCCGAGGCUUCUACGCCGGAGGUGGCCGGGGAUACAGUAUGGGAGCCGAUUCUGGUUUGAGAGCCCAGCCUGAUGAAAACUGGGAGGCACCAGUGUCAACUGAAAAGGAGAACUACAUGGCAUCCAACGAUGUCACCCAUCAGCGAGACGGAUCAUUCCCUGUCCCUGGCCGGUUUCCGAAGGAUGAAAUUCAACAGAAUUGGGUCAUGGUUCACGAAGAUACUCAGGAUGGUUUCUUGCAGGUGGUCAGUCCAUCGCCUGUAACUGCUCGACGCGUGAGUCGCAGGCACGGAGUCGUCCCGUCCCAUGCUCGUCGUAGGUCGGGCGUGACGAUGCCUCGGUCUGGGAAAAGGAUCAUGCCGUCAACUCCAACCAGAUCGCAAUUUUCAUCCCCAGCCAAGCCGCGCGAGAGUCCUGUUUCAGUGGAAACGCAGCGCUAUGUGGCUCGGAUGCGCCGCAUGGAGCGUGAAGAAGACGCUAGUUUGCAACGACUCAACGAGCAGCUUCAAGCGAUGAUUAAGGAGGGAAAACAAGCCUUGGGAACUCGGAUUGAGGUGGACGAUCUGGAUUUGGACGAGGACUAUUAG